AUGGACUUCUCCUCUCGAGGAGGCAACAAAGGAGCCGGUAUUGCCGGAGCUUCCGAAUCAAAUGUCGAUCGUCGUGACCGUCUUCGCAAGCUCGCCCUUGAAACAAUUGACCUCGCCAAAGACCCGUAUCUCCUCAAAAAUCAUCUUGGCGGACUGGAAUGUCGACUCUGCCUCACCCUACACACGAACGAAGGCUCCUACCUUGCUCACACACAGGGAAAAAAGCACCAGACCAACCUCGCUCGUCGAGCAGCAAGAGAGGCUAAAGAAAACGCUUACGACUCGAACAAGCUCAUAACCGCUUCAGCUGCCGAAACAAUCCCCAAGAAGCAGUUCAUCAAGAUCGGUCGACCUGGCUAUAAAGUGACGAAAGUUCGCGAACCGUUUUUGGAAGGUGGAGAAGGAGCUAGGUCAGGGUUGUUGUUCCAAGUUUCAUUGCCAGAGAUCAAGGAUGGUGUGACGCCGAUGCAUCGAUUUAUGGGUGCAUUUGAACAGAAGGUCGAGCAACCGGACAAGAACUACCAGUAUCUGGUGGUCGCUGCGGAACCGUAUGAAACAAUUGCGUUCAAGUUGCAGAGUAAAGAGAUUGAUAGGAGAGAUACAGGUUUGGUGACGUCGUCAGCACCAGGAGCAAGACCCCGGGCGGAACCUUCAACUUGGAGCUAUUAUGAUCCUGAUGGAAAGACGUAUUCUGUUCAAGUCAUGUUCAAGUGA